UCUAUACAAUAUGUAACUAUGCAUGUUAAUUAAGCAAUUUUAAUUUCUGAUAAAAGUAAUUAACCAAAGUUAAUGAUACUACUACUAUCACCACCAUGUGUUUCUAUUUUAACCAUAUUUCAUUUCAUUUCAAGUCAGCUUUCCUCAGUUUACAAACACAAACAAAAAAACCUGUCUUGUUCUUCUCUCUUCUUUGAUCCCAACUUCUACUUUCUCAAUCUUCACAAAAAACACUACUUUCCUACCCUAAGGUUUUGCUGAUGUGGAUGAUUUAACCUGUAAGGUUCUUCUUUUGUGGCGUUUGGGGUUCUGCAACUACGACGAGGCAUUUAUACUGUGUGGCUUGAAUCCUUAAACUUUGUUGUGUUCCUGGUUGUGGAGUUAGCAAUUAGUUGCAUUUUAGGGAAAAGGGUAAAAGGGUCAGCUUUUUGUUGAUUCCAUUGGAUAUUAGUGGGUUGUUUUGUUGUAGAAAGUGUUUGUUGAUUUAUCAACUCAUGAAUUGUAGUUAGUGUUAUUGUCUUGUUGUGUUGGAAAGUUGGGGUAUGAAGGUUAAGUCUUGUUGAUAGACAAGGCUAGGGGUUGAGUUUGUUUGAAUCUUGUUUGGAGUUUUCUUAGGUUGUAAUGAAGGCUCCACCUAAUGGUUUCUUGCCCGCUUCCGGAGAAGGAGAAAGGAAGACAAUCAAUUCAGAGUUAUGGCAUGCUUGUGCCGGACCUUUGGUUUCUUUGCCACCUGUUGGAAGUCUUGUGGUUUACUUCCCUCAAGGACACAGUGAGCAAGUCGCAGCUUCCAUGCAAAAGCAGACCGACUUCAUACCUAGUUACCCGAACCUUCCGUCCAAGUUGAUUUGCAUGCUUCACAAUGUUGCCCUGCAUGCUGAUCCUGAAACCGACGAAGUCUAUGCACAGAUGACCCUUCAACCUGUAACCAAAUAUGACAAGGAAGCAAUACUGGCAUCAGACUUGGGUCUCAGACAAAACCGUCAACCGGCCGAAUUCUUUUGCAAGACUCUAACAGCUAGUGACACAAGUACUCAUGGUGGAUUUUCUGUUCCUCGUAGAGCAGCUGAAAAAAUAUUCCCACCUUUGGAUUUUUCAAUGCAACCUCCCGCUCAGGAGCUUGUUGCUAAAGAUUUGCAUGACAGUUCGUGGGCAUUUAGACAUAUUUAUCGGGGACAACCAAAGAGACACUUAUUGACUACUGGUUGGAGUGUCUUUAUCAGCACAAAAAGACUUUUUGCCGGAGAUUCUGUUCUUUUUAUCAGAGAUGAAAAACAGCAACUUCUUUUAGGUUUGAGGCGCGCUAAUAGGCAGCAGCCAGCGCUUUCUUCAUCAGUGAUAUCCAGCGACAGUAUGCAUAUUGGCAUUUUAGCUGCUGCAGCUCACGCUGCUGCAAAUAACAGUCCUUUUACUAUAUAUUACAAUCCAAGGGCCAGCCCCUCGGAAUUUGUUAUUCCGUUGGCCAAGUAUAACAAAGCCAUGUAUGCUCAAGUUUCUCUUGGAAUGAGAUUUAGAAUGAUGUUUGAAACAGAGGAGUCUGGAGUGCGGAGAUAUAUGGGUACAGUUACUGGAAUCAGUGACUUGGAUCCUGUCCGAUGGAAAAAUUCACAAUGGCGUAAUCUUCAGAUUGGAUGGGAUGAAUCAACAGCUGGUGAACGCCCAAGCAGAGUUUCUAUUUGGGAUGUUGAGCCAGUAGUGACUCCUUUCUAUAUUUGUCCACCUCCAUUUUUCAGGCAAAAGUUCCCAAGGCAACCUGGAAUGCCAGAUGAUGAGUCUGAUGUAGAAAAUGCUUUCAAGAGAGCUAUGCCGUGGCUUGGAGACGAAUUUGGCAUGAAGGACGCCUCAAGUUCAGGCUUCCCUGGUUUGAGUUUAGUGCAGUGGAUGAGCAUGCAGCAGAAUAAUCAGUUUUCAGGUGGUCAAUCAGGAUGUUUUCCACCCAUGCUCUCAUCUAAUACUCUCCAUGGUAAUCUUAGCACCGACGACCCAUCCAAAUUAUUAAGUUUUCAAACUCCACUCCUCUCUGCACCAAAUCAUCAAUUUAACAAACCUAAUUUACCAAAUCAAAUCAACCAAUUGCAACAAUCCCCAGCAUCAUGGCCUCAGCAGCAACAACAGCAACAGCAGCAACAACAGUUACAACAACAACAGUUACAGCAGCAACACCAGCAGCUACAGUCAUUGUCACAAAUACCAAUGAACCAGUUUCAGCAGCAGAGGCAACAGCAGGUGCCUGAAUCACAAAACCUGACACUGCUACAGCAACAGAUGACUCAGCAGCUGGGACAGCAGCCGCAGAAACAGCCACAGUCAUCUCAACAUGCUAUUAUGAAUAACGGUGUAAUUGCUUCUAACCAGAUUUCAAAUCAAUUUGCACAGCAACCGGUAACCUAUGGUCAGCUUCAGCAACAACAAUUACUCCCAGGAAGUAUCCCACUCCAGCAAAGUAUUCAAUCAGCCGGUAAGAAUACAUUCCCACUGACAUCCUUACCACAAGACUCACAGUUUCAGCAACAGAUAGACCAACAAGCGAGUCUCUUGCAAAGGCAGCAGCAACAGACACAGUUACAACAAUCCCCAUUGCAGGUGUUGCAACAAAGCCAGCAACAGAGGGUGACACCAAAUCAUCCAGUGGCUCAAAUGUCUCAACAAAACACCUCAGAACAACAAUUGCAGCUACAGUUUUUGCACAAAUUGCAGCAGCAGCAACAACAACAACAAUUUCUUUCGACGUCAAGCCCACUUUUACAAUCUCAGUUUCUACAACAAAAUACUCAUCAACAAAGCCAGCAAUUACCGCAGCUUCCUAUAUCCCAACAUCAUACUCAACAGCUUGGCAAUAAUGCAUUUUCAACGGAGAAGCUUCUUAACAGCAACAAUCUAUCUUCUUCAUCUCUUAUGCAAUCACAACAGCUUUCUGUGAAUCAAACCCUGAAUACACAGAAGCCACUCACAAUUACUAGAGUUCCCUCUACACUUACAGAUGGAGAGGCUCCAUCAUGCUCAACUUCGCCAUCUACAAAUAACUGCCAGAUAUCUCAACCAAACAGUCUGAAAAGAAAUCAACAAGUACCAACUACAAUUGGCGGGAUCUUGGUAGCAGAGCCUGCCAGUAAUCUGAUACAGGACCUUCAGAGUAAGUCUGACAUGCAUAUCAAACACGAGUUCUCGAAUGUAAAAGGAUCUGACCAGCUAAAGUAUAAAGGCAUAACUACUGAUCAGCUGGAAGCUUCUUCUGGAACAUCUUACUGUAUGGAUCCUGGCAAUGUUCAGCAGAGUUUGCCACUAUCCAACUUCUGCAUGGAAGGCGACGUCCAAUCGAACCCUAGAAACAAUCUGACAUUUGACUCUAAUCUUGAUGGUUUAAUGUCUGAUACCAUGCUUUCAAGGGGUUAUGAUUCUCAAAAAGAUCUUCAAAAUUUGUUGUCUAAUUAUGGAGGUGCUCCAAGGGACAUUGAAACCGAGCUGUCCACUGCUGACAUCAGCUCACAGUCAUUUGGAUUGCCAGACACACUUUUUAAGCCCGGUUGCUCAAAUGAUGUUGGCAUUAAUGAUGCUUCUGGGGUUUUGAACAACGGCUUGCGGGCAAACCAAACUCAACGAAUGCGAACAUAUACUAAGGUUCAAAAGCGAGGCUCUGUUGGAAGAUGUAUUGACGUCACCCGUUACAAGGGGUAUGAUGAACUCCGGUAUGAUUUGGCAAGAAUGUUUGGGAUUGAAGGGCAACUAGAAGAUCCUCAAAGGACUGACUGGAAAUUAGUAUAUGUAGAUCAUGAAAAUGACAUUCUUCUUGUUGGCGAUGACCCUUGGGAGGAAUUUGUAAGUUGUGUUCAAAGUAUAAAGAUAUUGUCAUCUGCUGAGGUGCAGCAAAUGAGCUUGGAUGGUGAUUUAGGUAAUGUUACAAUCCCAAACCAAGCAUCCAGUGGGGCAGAUAGUGGCAAUGCAUGGAGGGGACAGUAUGAUGAUAACUCUGCAGCCUCAUUCAAUAGGUGAUCAGGAUAUCAAAUACUGACGUUUUGUAGCAGUAAACUUAUUCAUUGAGUGGUGGAAAAACCAGUUUAAACCCUUAAAACGGGUUGGCAUUUCUACUAUACAUCUCAAAUAGAAAGGACACUUUGUUUCUGUCAUUACACGCCGAGAAGCUUAGUUUAGAUCUUAAUGGUUAAUGUUGAUGUUACAGAUGCUACUCUGGAAUCUGCUUUAUUUUGAAUUCUGGAUUAGGAUUUCUGUUUUCUAUUUCACUUUUUUGCAUGGAACAACAGUAUAGGCUGCUACUGUAUAAUAUGAUGAUUCUAGCGAGAUUAUUUUUUACUUGCCUCCCUAUGUAAAGUUUGUGAUGAUUUAAGUUAUUAUAUAAGGAAAUGAGGAAUCUAGUGAUUAUGGGAACAA